AUGUUUACCCUCUUAUUUCUGUAUUUCUCCACGAGCAAGGUUGACCGAGCUCUGUGCACCAUUGACAUCAAUCUUUCCGAGCUCGAAUAUCUAGCUGGACAUCUUGACCCCUCGGAAUGUCGACGUCUGGUAGCGGCACUUCAUUACAAUUCUUUCGAACUUCCAGAAAGUAUAUCAGGUGCCGAAAGAAAAGUGAACGAUGAUAUCCCCUGCCUUCGGCAACUUCUUCAUUGGAAUAGUUCUCCAGGCGAGGGUCGUGGGCAAACUCAUGAAGACGUCGAACACCGUCUGCGUCAGUUGAAACACAAUGACCUUGCCGAUUGGUUAGGAAAAACAACGUUCAAGCAGCUUCGGAAUGAUCUGGAUAGAGCAUUGCGCAAUCCGUUCAGUGACCAGGAGUCAGAAGAUACCGUCGACAUAAGAGUUGGAAGCAACGAUUCUACAUCUGGUGAAACGACGGAGUCAACGGAUCAGCCCCCUGAAGAAGAUCCUUGGCUUCCUGUGGACACUCUCAUGUUGGCCACGUUAAGUUUAUCGCUUACUGCCUUGGCGGUGAUCUGCGUUUUGUUGGUAUUCCACCAUGUCAGGCUUUCGCUUGAACAGCGGAAUAAUAAUAGGUAA